AUGCCGGAGAGUAUUGUCAAUCUAGAUACAAAGACACCCUGUCGGUACACUCAGCCAGGAAGGGUUGGGCUGGCCCGUCUGGGCGCAGUGGUGGAGAGUUCAGGGGACCCGGCAGGACACAGCCCACAAGGUCAGGCAACCUUGGCCGCGCUCACCUCGCCGCCCCGCUCCAUCUGCCGCUUUGCCUGGCUCCUUGCUCAGUCCCGUUGGCAGUUGACAUCUCCCACCCACAGCAGCUUCUGGCAGUUUCAAAGGAUGGUCAAAUCCUCCGUGACAGGGUGGAGUGCCUUCUUCUCAUACUAUGGAUAUGCCUGCUACUGUGGCCUGGGAGGAAAAGGGACCCCUGUGGAUGACACUGACAGACGUCCAAGUGGAUAUGCCCUGGGUCCUAAUAUUGGCUGUCUCUGGGGGUUGAGAGCCUGUGAGUGUGACUAGCAAUCUGUGUACUGCUUAAAAAAGAACCUGCCCACCCUAUGAGAAAACUCCAAGCAGCUCUUCUCCAGCCGGCCCCGGUGUGGCAGGCACAAGCUCCAAUGCUAA